CCGGCGGUCGCCAUGGCAGCGUGGUUGGCGGCACUGCGGCACUCUGCCCGGCGCGACCUCCGGCGUUCGAGCUCCUCGACACAGGUCCUUGGGGUCACUGUGUUGUCGAUGUAGGCCAAGUCCGUCCAGAGGACGAGGAGCCGCCGCCGCCGCCGCCGCCAUGCUCAAGUCGGUCAACUCGUCCGGCACAUGUCCGUGUGUGAGCCGCCUCGCGGGGGUUGCUGGAACCAGGCACAGAGCUGCAUUUCUUCACACAGCCCCUAGAUUCCCUACGAGGAUUGCAUCUUACAAUGUCAGUCCUGCACAGUUCAACAAGCUGGGCUUGGCGGAGAUGGUGCACCGGCGUUCCCGGAUGCCCCGGAUGCGCAUGGGGGGCUUCCUCUCCAGCGCCGUCAAGGAGACCUGCCCGCUGCCCCGCGACUCCCUGCGCCAGCCCGGUCCCGCCCACUACCACGUCGAGGCGGACAAGCGCAAGAGGCUUGGAGAGGCCCCCACCCCGGCGAAUGCUGCGCUGAGAGCGAGGUCCUCCCGCGGCAAGGCGCUUCCCCCG